AUGAUGUGCGAUGGUAGAGUGUUUGCCGAGAAUUUACCUCGAACUAAAAAUAAAAAUGUAAAUUCUGUCAACGAAUUAAUUAAAACAACGGUUAGUAGCCGACUUUUCUUGGUUAACAACAACAGAAAAAUAUUCAACAUAUUUUAUGGAGAGGGUAGAGAUAACAUAAAGAACACAUGCAAAAGAAAGAAUCAAGAAUUGUGA